AUGUCUGAAGACCGCGUUGAGUCGCCGCAAGUCGAAUACUCCGAACCUGCGAGGCCGGACAAGACUCUGCCGGCAGAAUCACCGCCCGGUGCCACAGGUGUGGCUCAGCAGUGGGCUUGCCAACUCAGUGAAACAGAAGAGGCUGCUGAACUGGCAGCCAGGCCCAGGGACGACGCAGCAAGCAAGCAGCGCGAGGGCGAGGCGGGGAGGCGAGACCGGGAGCGCCGAGCCCGCCCCGACGGAGCCCACCCUGCCAGCAACGUCCCUGCCCUACCUACUCCUGCUCUCCUCCAGACCCCAUCGCCUCGUUUCAGCAGCACGCCGGCCGCACUCGCCCGCGCGACUCGCCCAGCCAUCCCAAUUAACCAGACGCCCGCCCUCACGGCGUCAUCCCAUUCGACCAGCCACAGCAACUCCCUUCCACCCCGUGCCUUGGCUUCUCGCUGCUCCUUGAAUUGCUCCAUUCUUCCUUUUCUCUCCUUCACUCUCGUCGACGUCGACUUUCGCCUGCGUUCUCCGUUAUCUGUGCCGCCUUCCGCCGUGUCUGCCACUGCUCCGCGAGGGCUUGACCAUCCUCACGACCUUCACGACCCGUCCACGUUUACGAACCCCUCACCGCAACGCCAGCAGCAGCAACCGCAACCUCCCUCUGAUCCUGCUUUUGCUUCUUCUCCUCAUCCUGCCCCGCCCCGUCCGUCAAGCGCCUCUGACACUGCCCGUCCCUUAAGACUCCCUCCUCGCUUUGAAUCCAGACCGUCUUCCCACCGACGUGCCGUUUCGGUCGAUGCCGCAGCUCUUCAGAAUCCAGAUCUAAGAUCCGUUCAACCGGCGGUUCCUGGCUCCGCACAGCAGCGUGGUCUCAGUGCCGCCGACAUCGCUCCUGCGCUUUCUGAAGCCGAGACUGAAGGCGACGCUUCCACCGCACCUGAUACCUUCAAUCCCCCGCUCGAAUCAUAUUGGCCCCCACGGUCAACUCGUGUUUCUCCCAGGACUCGUUCUGCAAUCCUUUGGGUAUUGGAAGAAGCCAUUCGAAAGCCCUUCCCCUUCACUCCGGACGAGGAGGAACUGAACGCUUCCAUGUCUGAGCUCGUUGGUGGCGGGGGCUCGUCGGGGACCGCUGGAAAUGCCCGUGUUCAGAAUGGGGGGUCCCGUCCCGCACAGGGCCCGGUCCCUGUCCACGCGCAUCACCCAGCAGGAGUGCGGACGCCAACCGAUAUCAUGAGGCAGCGGCGGGAUCGCGAAGCGCGGAAAAAGGCCGAAAAGGAAGCCCGCGAGCGAGAGCAGCAGGAAGCGGAAUUAAGACAGCAACAGGAGCAGGAACAAAAACAGCAAAUGCAGGCCCAGCAGUAUGCUGCUGCUGGCGUUGCAACCGGUGACUCUGCGACCCAGCGCGCGCCAGUGAAUGUCUCGACUGGCUUCCAGCAAGCGGCCACCGGCACGAGGAGGCCGGAUGACCCUCGCGUUGCUGGCAACGGUGCUGCCACACAACGACCGUCAACGGUUUCUCAGGGCCAACCUAGACCGGUCGUCAGCUCGUCGCAGCAGCAACCGAUCCCAACAACGACAACUCCAGGCGCUUUCCCCUCUCAGCAGCAACAGCAACAACCCCAGUCGCAGAUGAGGGGCGCUGCGCCGCCGUCGCAAGGUGGCCCUCAGCCUGGACCAAGCACAUCUCAACGUCCCCAGGCCCAAGCUACCCAGUCGAGCCAAAGUGCUGGUCAGUCGCAAGGACAGCCGCGUCGAUCCACCUUCCCCCACGCCUUCGAACGCUGGGAGACCCUCUCUUCGCAUUGGGAAGGCCUCACGAGUUAUUGGAUCCGGAAGUUGGAGCAGAACAACGAGGAAUUGAGUCGUGACCCUCUGAACCAACAAAUGGCUCGCCAGAUCAAUGAUCUCUCUGCAGCCGGUGCGAAUCUCUUCCAUGCGGUGGUGGAGUUGCAGCGUCUGCGCGCCUCCUCGGAGCGCAAAUUCCAGCGAUGGUUUUUUGAUACUCGCGCGGAGCAAGAGAGGGCUCGAGAAAUCCAGGCCGAUCUGGAAAGACAGCUCAAAGCUGCGCAACUGGAAAAAGCAGAUGCUCUGGCCCUCCGCCAAAAGGCUGAAGCCGAUCGCAAGAAGGCGGAGGAUCUGGUCAAAGAGAUGCGCCGGGAACUUCAGAUCUCGAAAGAAGAGGCAAGGAGAGCCUGGGAAGAGCUUGGCCGCCGGGAGCAAGAAGAGCGGGAACGCACCGCAUCCCUUCGAAACGGUGAGCCUACUCUUGUCGGAGGCGUUCAGGUCGUUCCCAUGAUCCAGGGAGUGCCCAGCAGACAAACUACCAGCAACCGGCCGCCCACUCGAGAGGGACCCUAUUCAGGAGGCCCCGGUCCGACAAGCCUAGGCGGACAGGCACCUCACGAAUCGACCGAGGAAGGUCAAUAUUACGAGGAACAGCGGGCAUCGCCAACAGAAACAGACCCCUUCACCGAGAACAGAAGACCGGCCCAGCAGCCGUCCAGCCAGCCCCCGAGCUCAUCUGCUGCCUUCUCUGGCGGUCAAACCGCGACGUCGCAAGGGCAACCUACCGAGCGAUUUUACCAGCACGAGGGUUCCGCCCUGCAUGGGGAGCCACCCACCUCCGAGCCCGAUGACCGGUCCUACGUCCCGAGCAACGAAGGCAGCGAGAUCGGGGAAGAGGAAUUCGUGCUCAACCCCGACGGAAGUUAUCGUCGCGAUGCGCAGGGUCGGCGGAUGGUCUACACGCGACGCAUGCCCGAGGACAGUGAAGAAUACGGCGGACAGAUCGAAGAAGAAUCCGGAUACGAUCAUGGCGGGUCCGCGCCAGCCACCAGCGGUGCCCCUCACCAUGGAUACGGAUAUGGCUCUGUGGACUACAGUGGCUCCAGCUGGGGUCCCGGGACCGGGUGGGAGUCGGUUAUCCCUCGUCACCGCCAUCCAACGCGUCUGAGUGACGUGAUCGAGGAGGAUGAGACCAGUCGCGCGAGCCAAGCCAGCCGGCAUUGA